AUGUUGUCACGCAGGCAUAAGCGCUCUCGCAGCUCUAUAGCGCUUUCUCUUCUCCACCGCGAUAAAUCCCGCAACGAAGACAAAGUUCUGGAAGAAAACACCGACACCUCAACCGGGACAGCUUCGACGAAUGGCUCCUCUCCACUGACCCACGCCCGCAGCCUAAGCCGUCACAGGAGCCGCAAACCUGCUUUGGACCCCAGCUCGCCCCCGACCCCAGCCAUUCUCGAAGAUACCCUCGACGACAACCCCGUCGCCGGAAUGGAGGGCGUAACAUCCGCGCCCCAGACUGAGAGCGCUAGCAUGUCUCUGGAACAGUCAGUACGAACGUUCCGGUUGUUUGAGGUCCUGCGCAGUGGAGAUACAAAUGCCAUCGCCAAGGCUGUCGAGGAGGCCAAAGAUCCCCAGGUGGCGAACAAUCUGUACGGAACGACCAUUCUUCAUCUGGCGUUGCAGUGCGCCGAACCCCAGGUCGUGGAAUUUGUGUUAUCCUCGAGUAGCGGGCUGGACAUCAACGCGCGCGAUCGUGAAGGGAACACCCCGCUUCACCUGGCAUCUCAGCUGGGACGGGUCUCGUUGGUACGGGAACUGUUGAACAACCCUGAAGUUAAUGAUGCUAUCGUCAACUACCGGGGUCAAACACCGCUUGAGGCAGCGCGCACCCCGGAGAUAUUCCAGCAGCUGCAACUCGCUCGGUCCCUGUUUAUUGACAGCAAGACGCAGGAGAUUCAAGCGUUGAUCAGCAAGAGGGAAUAUGAUAAUCUUGAGAAGUUAUUGGAAGAACCCCGUGCCGAAGGUCUUUUGGAUGUGAACAGUCUGGAAUUGGUUACCGACCGAGCUACCUUGCAAUCUGGUGGCACGUUGUUACAUGAGGGUGCUCGCAAUAAAGAUGCGCAGCUUAUUGAGGUUCUUCUUACCCAUGGAGCUGACCCUUUCCGUCGUGAUAAAAAGGGCAAGCUGCCUCAAGAUGUCACCAAGGAUGACAAGACUCGGGCACUCUUGAAGAAGUCGCCGGCGGCUGCAAUUGCCCAGCGCGGUAUUCAAGAGAAGGCCAUCCUUGGAAACAGCAAUGCGCAAGGUCUUUCUGGUCGUGCCUCUAUUGGGGAGGCACCUUUGGCUGGGAAGGAUGCCCGUGAGAUGAGAGGUUAUCUUAAGAAGUGGACCAACUACACAAGUGGCUACAAGCUGCGGUGGUUUGUGCUCGAGGAUGGUGUGUUGAGCUACUAUAAGCAUCAGGAUGACGCCGGCUCUGCUUGUCGUGGAGCUAUCAACAUGAGAAUCGCCAGACUUAACAUGGAUGCCCAAGACAAGACUCGCUUUGAAAUUCACGGCAAGUCGUCGGUCAAGUACCACCUGAAGGCAAACCAUGUGGUGGAAGCGAAACGCUGGUUCUGGUCCCUGAACAACGCGAUCCAGUGGGCCAAAGACGAAGCCAAGGAGGAAGAGCGGCAACGCUCGAAGAACGCCGAAACUUUCCGUUUGGCCAAGAUUGACCAGUCUACUGGGGAAACACCCUCUGAGUCUGGUCUUAGCCGUAGAACCAGCGGUAGAGGCCCACCCCCCUCGUCCCUUGGGGUUCCUGGCGGUAGUUUCACCAGAAUCAGUACCCAUGCUUCGCGCACAACUCUUGAAACCUCACCUGCGGAGGAAGAUGAGUCGGCUUAUGGUUCAGUGGACCAGGGUAACGAUGUGAACCGAGUGACCAGUUAUGUAACCACUGCGCCUGAUGGUGAUGAUGACGACGACUUCAACGACUAUGCUUCUAGCCUUGACGUGCCGACUAAUGAUAAAGACGCCCUCAACAUUACUGCACAGUCCGCCAAACUUCAAUUAGAUCUUCUUGCAAAUGUUUCCGCUUCGUUACAGGCUGAGAGAUCCAAAAACCCUGAAAUGUCGAUCGCGGAUCCAGCCAUCGAACAAGCUCUUACUGCCUACGAAGGUGCAGUCAGUAGUCUCAAGGGCUUAGUUCAGAACCUCCUCAAGAUCUCACGAGACCGUGAUUCCUACUGGCAGUACCGUUUGAGCCGCGAGGAACAUCUUCGUCAUAUUUGGGAGGAGAACAUGGCCCGUGUUGCUCAAGAACACGAAGAGCUAGAAUCUAAGAUGGGCGAGUCUGAGGAAAAGCGCAAGCGGACCAAGCGAGCUCUGAAGGAGGCGCUGGAAAAUGCGGCUGGUAGCAGCCGUUCCCUCAGUGCCGCACCAUCGCGUAUGCCAACGGCGCCUGCUAGCGUUCUGGAAACUAGUCGGUCUGAGAUCCGCGAAUCUGAACCGGCGCAAGAGGACUCGUCAAGUCAGCUUGCAACGGAGCCUAUUCCCCUCAACCGGAAACCCUCUGUGCUUUCUCGAAUCAGCAGUCUCUAUGAUUCCGAGUCGGAUGGAGACGAAUUUUUUGAUGCAAUUGAUGCUGGUGAAAUCGAAGUAGAGGAUGUCAGCCACGCCAAUGAGACUGAAGAGCCCGAAGAACCGGAGGAUGAAAGUGCUCUGGCCCGGAAAGAAAAGGCUGCCGUAAUCAAGUCCUCAUUCAGGGGUUACGAAGACCCUGUGCGACAGAGACUUAAGAUGGACAAUGAUGACCGGCCAAAGAUUUCGCUAUGGGGAAUUCUCAAAUCCAUGAUCGGCAAGGACAUGACGAAGAUGACCUUGCCCGUGUCUUUCAACGAGCCUACUUCGUUACUUCAGCGAGUUGCUGAGGAUUUGGAGUACACCGACCUUCUCGAUAUCGCUGCUGACCGAACCGACUCCAUGGAGCGUCUUUUAUAUGUGGCUUCUUAUGCUGCGAGUGAAUACGCCUCAACCAUUGGGCGUGUGGCUAAGCCAUUCAAUCCUCUUCUCGGUGAAACUUUUGAGUAUGUGCGUCCUGACAAGGGCUACCGGUUCUUCGUCGAGCAAGUCAGCCACCACCCUCCCAUCGGUGCGGCAUGGGCUGAGUCUCCUAAGUGGGAUUACUGGGGCGAGUCCUCACUCAAGUCUAAAUUCUACGGCAAGUCAUUCGACAUCAAUCUUCUGGGUACUUGGUUCCUCAAGCUGCGCCCGUGCACAGGAGGCGAAGAGCUAUACACCUGGAAGAAGGUCACAUCUUCUGUGAUUGGCAUCAUUACCGGUAACCCCACCGUGGACAAUUAUGGUUUGAUGGAGAUCAAGAACUGGACCACCGGCGAGGUCUGCUAUCUUGACUUCAAGCCUCGUGGAUGGAAAGCAUCCUCGGCUUACCAAGUCAGCGGUAAGGUGGUUGACUGUGACGGCUCCCCGAAGUGGAGUAUCGGUGGCCGGUGGAACGACAAGAUUUACGCUCGCCAUACCCCAGGAUUCGAAGCACCUGUCUCCGGUCAGGAUCCCGAGUCGGCCAAGACAUUAUUGGUUUGGCAAGCCCAUGAGCGCCCUAAGGGUAUCCCAUUCAACCUGACUCCAUUCGUUCUCACUCUGAACGCCAUCCCGGACAACUUGAGGGCUUGGUUACCUCCUACUGAUACCCGAUUACGUCCUGACCAGCGUGCCAUGGAGGAUGGCGAGUACGACUUUGCUGCGGAUGAAAAGCAUCGCGUUGAAGAGAAGCAGCGUGCCAAGCGGAGGGAACGGGAGACUAAGGGCGAGAUUUACUCUCCCCAGUAUUUCAUUCGGGCUAAAGAGCCUACUACUGGGGAGGAGUACUGGGCUCACAAUGGCAAAUAUUGGGCCAACAGAGAUGCCCAAAACUGGAGUUCUGCGGAGGAUAUUUUCUGA